AAUUUAGGAUCAAAGUUUUUGUAACAAUGGUUUGUGCAAUAGGUCAAGGUUGUGUGGCUGUGCACCAUUUGAAAUUGCAGACUUUAUAUUACACAUUACACAUGAAUGCAAAAGGGCAGUAUGGACAAGAAGGGGUUGGGCGUGCCACAACCAGGUUUCAUCUCAAUACCCUCUAGUCUGAAACAUCUCGCCUCAUAAUUCCUGCCUGAUUCUGAGAGGAAACAGAGUGCCAGCAGUCUAGAUCCAAAGAAGAGCUCUAAUCCUUUUGGGGUAAAAGAACUAACUUUCAAAUUAAAGGGAUAAAAUUUUCUCUUCUGGUACUUUUUCUGCAUAUUUCGUGUAAGUCUGGAUUUGGCCCUUUUGUGACUAAUAGUAAAUGUUUAAUUGAUAUCAAUCAAUCAAUAAUCUGGAAUGUGUCUCAGUAGACAGAUUCUUUCCCCUCUGCAACAUGCAUUGAGACAUCUAAGACCAGCCUUGGUCAAUGCCGAUGCUCAGGGCUGUUAGUAGCUAGUGCCAGGUGAACUGAGGCACUAAAAUGUUCUAAUAAAUUUAUUCAUUUCAAGUCCCUGUAAGAGAGGCUAUGCAUAAAAAGAAGAUAAAUCAAUCAAUAAAAAAUUAUAUAAAGGAAGCGUUUUUUUUUUAUAUUGCUUCAGUAAGAAUUUGAGUCUGGCUAUGGCCUUGCAAUACAUAUGUCCUAUGCCAACCUAAAUAAACCCCAAUUUGAUAGAUGAACAAUUUUGCAAGGUGGUGACGUCUUGUUGACCUGACAAAAUGGCAAACUGAAAAAAGUCAACAGAAAAAUAAAAAACUUGAAAAUGGUAAAACUCAAGUAAAUACUGAAUACAAAUGGUCUCAUACUGUUGUACGAAAUAAAUUUAUGAACAUCAGCAGCUGUCGUUCCAGCAUAAAUUUUGUUUCCUUUUUCCAAAAUUUAUUUUUCCAUUAUUUUUAUUCGACCUGCUGGGCGUUCCCAAAUCCCCGCUCCCGUGAUAUCGCAGUAUGUCUGUUCAGCGGAUUGCUUCAAAAGUGCGUGGAUCCAAGAUGGCGGCACACAUGACUGGCUGAAAUAUGGCGGGAUCGAGACAUUUGCGAGGCACUGUCCUCUCACGUGUCAGUAACCUUCUUCGUGCUGGGGCCAUAUCAGAACCUUUGUGGUUUCCAGUGGUUCAGGCAUUUCCUCCAUUGACGGAGACGAAAAUAAACAGAAAAGGCGAUGAAGAGUUAAUGCACAAGAUAACCUACCCCGAGGAUGAAUUUAGAAAGUUUGUAGACACCUGCAUGGACCUUGUGAACCAGGGAAUGAACAAAGAGGAAGCGAUUGAAAAUACUGUCAAGACACUUUUUACUAGCAACACCAUAACUAUGCCAGAUAAUUCUAAAGAUGAGAAAGAUCCUUACUCAACAAUUUUGGACAGUGUGAAGAAAAAAUAAGGAUCAAAUAUUUUCAAGAACAAAGAGCAAGGACAAUGAAUAGGUCAGCUAGAAGGAUCUUUUUGAAGUCGGAGGAAGCAAGGUCUGUAGNGC